AUUCGAUGAUGGAGACAAGAAGAAUGUGAUGCAAAAUUCCAAAGCCAUCAACUAUCUCUAUUGUGCGGUCAAUCCUGAUGAUUAUAGAAAGAUUUCACGAUGCAAAACCGCUAGUGAAAUGUGGACAAAGCUUGAGGUAACUUAUGAAGGCACCUCGCAAGUGAAGGAUGCUAAAGUUGAUUUGUUGCUUCAUGAAUAUGAGCUAUUUUCAAUGAAAGCCAAUGAAAGUAUUGAUAGUUAUUUUGAGAGAUUCUCAAAUAUUAUCAAUAAUCUUGACACUCUCGGUAAGCACUACACUGAUCAUGAUUUGGUUCGAAAAAUCCUACGAUGCAUGACUCCCGAGUGGAAAUCCGAAGUAAGAGCCAUUAGUGAAGGAAGAGACUACAACACCUUGACAUAUGAUACACUAAGGGGAAAGCUACUCACCUAUGAGACAUAUACUCUUUAUCCUCCGGUUGAUAGCAAGCAAAGGAAAUCUAUUGCACUAAAAUCUACCAAGGAGAUUGAGGAAGUGAGCCAUGAUGAAGACUCAAGUGAUACGGAAGAGAAUCCCGAACUUGCACUUGUUAUCAAACGCUUCAACAAGUUUGUCAAGAAGAAUUUCAAGCCAAGAAAGGACAACUCCAAGAAGUCCACACCACCCAAAUGCUAUGAAUGCGGUGAAGUGGGACAUAUCAAGCCGUAUUGUCCUAAGUUAAAACAAGAGAAGGAAAAGAAGUUCAAGAAGAAGCAAAAGGCCUAUAUUUCAUGGGACAAUAGCGGUUCAUCUUCCGAAACUAGCAAUGAUGAAGAAGAAACGGCAAACUUAUGUCUUAUGGCACUUGAGGAUGAGGUGUGCUUGAAGGCAUCAAGUGUACUUUGGUACCUUGAUAGCGGAUGCUCCAAGCACAUGACCGGAGAUGCAUCCAAAUUUAUUUUCCUUAAAUCUCUCGAUGGUGGGAAUGUUAUUUUUGGUGACAACAACAAAGGAAAGAUUAUCGGAACCGGAACUGUUGGCAAAGACAAAGAAUCUGGAAUUGAUAACGUGUUGUUAGUCAAAGGUCUUAAGCACAACUUGCUUAGUAUUAGUCAGUUAUGUGACAAAGGUAAUCGUGUUACUUUUACAUCUAGUCAUUGUCUGGUUGAACGCCUUUGUGAUAAGAAAAUUAUCCUUACCGGCGAUCGAAUUAAUAAUAUUUAUAUGAUCAACCUAGAUAGUACUUCUUCUGAUUUUGCUCAUUGUCUUAUGACUAGAGAGGAAGAAAUGUGGCUAUGGCAUAAAAGGAUUGGCUCCCUUGAGAAAAUACAUCUUGAAGAAGGCAAGUCUAGUAAAGCAAAAUCUGAAAAACAAGAAGAGGAAGUAAAGGAAAAGGUUACUAUUUCUAGUGGUGAGUUGAAUGAGAUGUUUGGCAUGGAGAAUAGUAACAAGGAGCUCACUACCCAAAAUAAUGAUCAAAACCCUUGGUAUAAUUUUGAUGAGGAAAAAUGUUGGGAAGUGAUGAAUUUUAAACCCUCUUUCAAUGAGUCUGGACGACCCAAAGUGAGUGGUAUGCAACCUCCCCAACGAUUGAUUCAGUACAUUGCUUCUUACAUUCUGCGUGGUCGCUCGGGGAAUCAUCCUCAAAUGAGUAGAGAUGAUGCAAUGCUUAUCUACGCCAUCUUGAAGCCGGUGUCAGUGAAUUGGGGGAAAUACAUCUUGAGCUACAUGAAUUUAUGCAGAGCCAAGAAGAAAGCCUUACCGUAUCCCAUGCUUCUCACCUUUCUUUUGAAGACAAAGGGGUUUGAAUUUCUUAGUACCGAAUCGGACUCUGAGACAGCUUUUUGGAGGAUCAAGAGGGCGACGGUAAUGAGAGUCAAGAUUGAUACUGAGGAGGAACAUGAGGAAGCAGGACCUUCUCAUUCUCGUGUAGCUUCACGAAGUAACAAGGUCACAUUGCCUAUGCUUUUUGAGUCCCUGCAAAGCCUCCAAACCUCCUUCAACAACAUCCAGCUCCAACAGGCCACUUACGGUUAUAACUUGAACAAGAUGUUGGUCAAGAGUGGAGAACAAUGGGAAACACCAUCCAUGGAAGCGCUCGCACCUUACAUGUCUCAGGGUUCUUCUUCUCAAGCCGCUUCUUUUGAUGAUGAAAGUGAUGACGUUGAUGAGGAUGACGAUGAUGCGGAGAAGGAGGAUGCUGACCACCUCGAUGCGACCAUGGAUGAGGAAUGAGUGGAUUGGGCAAUCAUUUUCUAUCUUUAGCUAUUUUUACUUAUGCCUUAUUUCUCUCUAUUGACUCUAUCUUUUGCUUAACCCCUU